AUGGAAAUAGAUAUUAAGAAUGAGGAGACAUCCGCGGAUCAAGAGAAAAAUAUUGAUGAACUAAGAAGUCCUUCACCAAGUGAAUCGGUCAAUAACACUGAUUUAGUAUAUUCUUGUAAUGAUCUCACAAAUGCAGACAAGCCGUAUACAUGUAUGCACACAAAUUGCCAUAAACGAUUCGCCAAUAAAUUUUUAUUAAAGAAACAUCAGUUCAUUCAUACAGGUCUCCGCCCGCACCGCUGUCCAUUCUGUGGUAAAAGAUUCAAUCGAAAAGACAAUCUUCUUCGUCAUAAGAAAACUCAUAUCGCUAAUGCUCUCGCUCCUGAUAUUAAUGAAUUAAGUGGUGAAGACUUUUUAUUACAAAUGAAUAGCGAUAAACCUUUGUUACAAUUAAAUAAUGAAGCUGAUCAAGAAGAAGAUUUGUGA